AUGUUGCAUGUGCCAUGUGUGAGCGAUCGCUACACUUUCGCUAGUUUAGUCGAAGUGUUACAGGCGCAAGGUGUGGUCCACUGUUUGGGCGUGCUGCGAAGUGCCGGCGUAAAAUCUGCUUGGGAUCUGGAGAACAAAUCAAAGUCCGAGCUACGAUCUUUGUUGGGCGAUGUCGCUCUUGAUGCGUUGGUGGCGGUCCGUAAGACCCGGCGGACCCCUUCCCGGCCCGAUGUUCCCGUGGUGCACCCGUACGCCCGAGGCUCAUUACAGCGACUUGGCCUCGGCGACCCGUCCAAGGCUAUGAUCGUUGACUUGGCCAAAGCUGACAAGGAGUUCCUCGAAGAUCGUUUCGCGCGUACUUCACGCGCCCCGCGUGAUUCACGCUGGAAGACAUGGCUAGCUCUCUGCUCAUCUCGAGGAUUUCAGCCGUUGCCAGUAACGGUCGAGCUCAUAAAUGCUGUGGGUUCUUUGUUGAAAGCUGGUCGGUAUCGGAGUGCCAGUCAAUAUUUCGCGAUUGCCAAGAGUAAGCACGUGGAGGCAGGGCACCCUUGGUCCCAGGCAAUGGAUCUGGCUCGGUCACAGGCCGUCCGAUCAAUUACUCGGGGCAUAGGGCCUUCGAUGCCAAAGCUGGAUCUACAUCUUGAGUUGGCUCCGGCGAUGCUUGAUGAGACGUUGAAGGCUGUUGCAAAUCGUUUGCGGAUUCCGACAGACCUCCGCUUGCCAUUCAUGGGCCCAACUGCAGUGGCUGCGUCGUGGUUUUUGUUGCGUGGGAUUGAGAUUUCCAAUGUGCAGUGUAGAGAUGUGACAUUCCAAUGUGAGCUUUACCAAGUGACCCUGCAACUUCCUGUUAGUAAAGUCGACACAGAGGCGAAGGGAUGUGCUCGCACGCAUUGCUGCGUUUGCCGUGGAGGUCGACAAACACUCUGUGUGUUCCACGCCUUACUUGACAUUGUAACCGCCUUGCGAAGCCGCCAGGCUUGGCGUCCUGAAGCGUAUCUUUUCGGCUGUGAAGGACUCAUGCCAACGGCUCGGCAGGUAUCCACGCUUGCCAGAUGCUGCGCAGUGGCGCUGGGACAGGCUUCGUUGGAUGAGUGGUCCUCAGGCGCUCUGGACCGGUGGGCGCAGCACUCGUUUCGUGUUGCUGGAGCGCAGUUUUUGGCACGGUCUGGAGUCGAUGUGGCAGUCAUCCAGCUCAUCGGAAGGUGGGGCUCUAAUGCUAUCUUCCGCUAUGUUCAAACAGCUGCGUUUGUGCCCGAGCGGGCGGCGUGUGCGGUGGCAAACGCGCUGGGCAAUCAGAUGUCGCAUGAAGGUUCAGCGUGCUCUGCUUCGCGGACACGCACGCCCAGCGACACCAAGGACUUCCGGCAGAUGGUCCGCGAUCUCGUCAGCGAGUGUACGAAGUCGAAGGAUGUCCUGGUGCACAACCCCCGUACUAAGUUUGCGCACAAGCCAAGUUCGUCUGAGAGUGCGUUGGAUAGUUCGUGUUGGCUAACAGCGUGCGGCAAGUGGAGGUAUGGCAUCUCUAGAUGUGUGCGAAACGUUGAUUUGUUGCCUGGGUACCAGGCUUGCAAGAAUUGCUUCGGAAGCGUUCAACUAGACGAGUCUUCGAGUGCUGAUGCUUCUGAGGAGUCUGCGUGUGAAAGCUCAGAUGGUAGCGCGUAG